GCCCCAGAGACCCGCCCGCCAUGGGAGACGAAGAUGAGGACGAGGGCUGCGCCGUGGAGUUGCAGAUCACCGAAGCCAAUCUGACUGGGCAUGAGGAGAAGGUGAGCGUGGAGAACUUCGCGCUGCUCAAAGUGCUGGGCACGGGAGGUGAGGAACCGCGUUCACUGGGCCAGUGCUCCUGGCAUGGUGCUUUGGGCCUUCUGCCCGCUCACCCGCCUGGGCCUGGGCCUGGGCCUGGCUUUGGGGAGGUCCCCCCACCCUUUCCCGGCACAACUCCCCUUUCCCGCCCCGCCCUACCGUGCCAGGGUUCCAUGCCCACUUGUAGGGCGUCCACGUUGACAUCACUUCUCUCUGCAAAGUCCUGUACGUGCAUGCCCCCCUGCCACGAUUUCCUCGUCUCUUUGGGGGUUUGACUCCUUCCCAAGAGCUUUGUAUAGCUUCUCCCCUUCUCCCCUUGAGAGCCCCACUCUUGUAGUUUGCAAAUCCCCCAGUCCGGGUUUGCACAUCCCUCCGCUGUCUGGGAGCGCGCCUCUGCCUCCGGUGCCAGGCUUUUCAUCCUUUCUCAGCUCUCUGAUUAUCCCAGGUUUGCACGUGCCCCGCCCCCUCCCCGCCCCGAAGGCCUUCUGGAGUUGCAAGCUCCCCAGGCUAGUAUGCACUGCACAUUUCUUCUUAGGCUUAACUUAGCACCCUCCAGGGAGAUGCUCACCUUUUCCGUAGAAGGCUUUGUCAGCCUUUUGCACCCCUGCACCCCUCUUCCCACCAGUCUGCACCGCCCUCACAUUUACAGCCCACCUUCCAUCCGCUUGCUUGCUGCUCCUACAGCCUAUGGGAAGGUGUUCCUGGUGCGGAAGGCGGGUGGGCACGAUGCGGGCAAGCUCUAUGCCAUGAAGGUGCUUCGCAAGGCGGCGUUGGUGCAGCGCGCCAAGACACAGGAGCAUACCCGCACCGAACGCUCGGUGCUGGAGCUGGUGCGCCAGGCACCCUUCCUGGUUACACUGCACUACGCCUUCCAGACGGAUGCCAAGCUGCACCUCAUCCUGGACUAUGUGAGCGGUGGAGAAAUGUUCACUCACCUCUACCAGCGUCAGUACUUCAAGGAGGCUGAGGUGCGAGUGUACGGGGGUGAGAUUGUGCUGGCCCUGGAACACCUGCACAAGCUGGGCAUCAUCUACCGUGACCUGAAGCUAGAGAAUGUCCUGCUUGACUCAGAAGGUCACAUCGUCCUCACAGACUUUGGGCUGAGCAAGGAGUUUCUGACAGAGGAGAAAGAGCGGACCUUCUCCUUCUGUGGCACAAUCGAGUACAUGGCCCCCGAAAUCAUCCGAAGCAAGGCUGGACAUGGCAAGGCUGUGGACUGGUGGAGCCUGGGUAUCCUGCUCUUCGAGCUGCUGACAGGGGCCUCGCCCUUCACACUGGAGGGAGAGAAGAACACUCAGGCCGAGGUGUCUCGACGGAUCUUGAAGUGCUCCCCUCCCUUCCCUCUCCGGAUCGGGCCUGUGGCACAGGACCUGCUACAGAGGCUGCUGUGUAAAGACCCUAAGAAGAGGUUGGGCGCGGGUCCCCAGGGUGCGCAGGAAGUCAAGAGCCACCCCUUUUUCCAGGGUCUGGAUUGGGCUGCUUUGGCUGCCAGGAAGAUCCCAGCCCCGUUCCGGCCCCAGAUUCGCUCUGAGCUGGACGUGGGUAAUUUUGCAGAGGAAUUCACUCGGCUGGAGCCUGUCUACUCCCCUGCUGGCAGCCCUCCGCCUGGCGACUCCAGGAUCUUUCAGGGAUACUCCUUUGUGGCCCCGUCCAUCCUCUUCGACCACAACAAUGCAGUGAUGACAGAUGUGCUGGAGGCACCUGGUGCUGGACACAGGCCUGGCAGGGCAGCAGUUGCCAGGAGUGCCAUGAUGCAGGACUCGCCCUUCUUCCAGCAGUAUGAGCUGGACCUUCAGGAGCCUGCUUUGGGUCAGGGCAGCUUCUCUGUGUGUCGGCGAUGUCGCCAGCGACAGAGCGGCCAGGAAUUCGCUGUCAAGAUCCUCAGCCGCAGGCUGGAGGAGAACACACAGCGUGAGGUGGCUGCCCUUCGCCUGUGCCAGUCACACCCUAACGUGGUGAAUUUACAUGAGGUGCUUCAUGACCAGUUGCACACGUACCUGGUCCUGGAGUUGCUGCGAGGAGGGGAGCUGCUGGAGCGCAUCCGAAAGAAGCGGCUCUUCAGCGAAUCGGAGGCCAGCCAGAUCCUGCGCAGCCUGGUGUCUGCCGUGAGCUUUAUGCACGAGGAGGCGGGCGUGGUGCAUCGCGACCUCAAGCCGGAGAACAUCUUGUAUGCAGAUGACACGCCCGAGGCUCCAGUAAAGAUCAUCGACUUUGGGUUCGCACGACUGCGGCCUCAGAGCCCGGCGGGGCCCAUGCAGACGCCUUGCUUCACGCUGCAGUAUGCAGCCCCAGAGCUGCUGGCACAGCAGGGCUACGAUGAGUCGUGUGAUCUUUGGAGCCUGGGUGUCAUUUUGUACAUGAUGCUGUCGGGGCAGGUUCCCUUCCAAGGGUCCUCUGGCCAGGGCGGGCAGAGCCAGGCAGCCGAGAUCAUGUGCAAGAUCCGUGAAGGGCGCUUCUCACUGGACGGAGAAGCCUGGCAGGGUGUGUCAGAGGAAGCCAAGGAGCUGGUCCGAGGGCUACUGACAGUGGACCCCGCCAAGCGACUGAAGCUGGAAGGGCUGCGAAGCAGUUCAUGGCUUCAGGACGGCAGUGCGCGCUCUUCUCCUCCGCUUCGGACGCCCGAUGUGCUGGAGUCCUCCGGGCCAGCAGUGCGCUCUGGGCUCAACGCCACUUUCAUGGCAUUCAACCGAGGUAAGCGCGAGGGCUUCUUUCUGAAAAGUGUGGAGAAUGCGCCUCUGGCCAAGAGACGCAAGCAGAAGCUUCGGAGCGCAGCUGCCUCCCGCCGCGUCUCCCCAGUGCCUGCCUCCUCGGGUCGCCUACCAGCCCCUGCCACCAAGGGGACACCCCGCCGAGCCAACGGCCCCUUGUCCCCCUCCUAGCUCCCGCCACUGUGUUCCCCUUCCCCUUAGGAGCUGUGAUGGGGAGCCCGGUGCUGCCACCAGACUUGUGCCAGCGGUUCCCACUCUGAUUCCCAGGACUUGCCCGCCCCUCCCCACCCAGUCCCAGACAGAGCAGAAGUAUUUUUAUAAGCAGAGAUUUUUUUUAAAAAAAAAUGUCUUAUCAGAUAAGAGUUAGGGACACAGGGAAGCAAGUGUUGUGAGCAGAGUGGGUUUGCCCCCGUCCCCCCUCCCAGGGCCUACUCCACUAAGGAAGGGCAUCCUAUCCCAUUCUUAAGCACGCGGUUGCCAUGGCGAAGAAAUCAGGAGCCCCCCCCUCUUGUGCUCCCCUGGGGCCUUGCUCCUGGGAGGGGAUAUCUGUCAAUAUGAUGUCGCUUUAUGGACCAUGUGCAAUUAUGUCCACCAAAGACCUGUGUUGGGAACAGGAGAGAGACCCUGGGGGACCUCUAGAGCGUUUCUGAGAUUCAUCACUCGUAUGUCACCGGCUUCUCCCCCAGUGGGGCUAAGGAAGGAGGCAGGUGCUUCCCUACAAGGGGAGCCCCUUUCUCACUCACCUAUUCCCCAUGGGCACAGCUGCUUCUGGCUGCCAGUGGAUCCUUGGAGGUCUGGGCUGGGCAUCUACAGUCACUGCCUCAGCCCCUCUAGGCUGUGCCUUUGACUUUAAAAUAAAACUCCAUCCAGUGCUG